AUGGUGGUGGCACUGGACGAGGCAAGCUCCUUUCGGACUGCUUUUUUGUUUUUGCUAACUGUUUUUGCUAACUGAGAGAAGCUAACUGACAAAAGUGGGAUAUGAGGUAGCUGCACCCGCCCUGUCCUGAUUCUUUCUUUGUCAUUAAAGCAGGGGGACGGGGAGGCCAAAUGGGGCUUCAAAUUUGACCUUCUAUGGGUGUUUGUUUGAGGGUGAGGGGCGAACCAGACCAGGACAUGAAAGGGUGAGAGACGUUAUAGCUACCUCCUUGCAUUUUUGGCAGCUGCCCAACGCCACUCAUUUCCCCCACACAUUAUGUCAGCGGGAGUGUGGGGUUGAGCUUGUGGGACCCUGUCCCCCUCUUGCAUAUCUUUUUCUUAAAAUCAUGUCUUAAAAUCAUGCGUCAAUGGUAUUGGAUGGCUGAUGCUUUUGCUCGUGGUUCCUUGUUCUACUCUGCCAUCUGAUGCACUAAGCUCUCACCCUCUGCUUGCAGAUUUCAUUGUCUGCUUCAAGGUAUGGCUCUCCUGAUGUACAUUGAGGCGACAAUCUGGCCUUUAUGGAAAGAAAGCUCAGUGGGCAGAGCACACGCAGAAGGUCCUCGGUCCAGUCCCCAGAGACCCCACACUGGGCUUGGAAAUAACCCUAUUGGAAGCUCCGGAGAGUUGCUGUCAGCCAGUGUAGAUGAUAUUGAACUAGAUCAGCCUUUCUCAACCUGUGGGUCCCCAGAUGUUGUUGGAGUACAACUCCCAUCAUCCCUGAGCUCUGGCCUUGCUAGCUGUGGGGACCCACAGGUUGAGAAAGGCUGAACUAGAUGGACCUAAGAGCCCGACUCGGCUUCCUACCCUGAAGCCCUCUUUGGGAUUCACAGCCCUGAAGGAGUUGCAGGGGUGUGCCUUAUUUCUGCUCCUCAUGCUGCAUGGCUCCCUCUAGCUUGCUUGUGCUCUUCUGUAGCUUCUACAGCAGGGAGCCUUUGCUACACAUGGAGGCUCCCUGCACGGUUGAGAACCCCGGGAGAUCGGGAUUGUCGAUCACAGCCCUCAUUUUGUGCUUCCAUGACUGUAACACAUCUGUGGGGGACCUCGGGCCUGAGAGUCAAAUGCAGCCCUUCCAGCCUUUAUCUGAUGCUUGGAACUUACUCACUGCUUCACAACCUAGAUUUUCUGCUUGACUGGAAUGUGCAUCUGAUUAUGCCUCUUGCUUGUCUGGAUGUGUGUGUGUGUGUGUGUGUGUGUGCGUGUGCAGAAAUGACACUACUGCACAAAGGUAAAAUAGCCAUCAGCUGCUCCACACACUUUUCCACCUGCCCACCCCCUCACCACUGGACUGUGACCCUCAGAAUGUUGCCCAGAAAGGAAUGUUGCCCUCAGGCUGAAAAAUGUUCCCUAGCCCUGAAGGCUCACAUCAGUCUUGGUUGCAGUCUCUCCCUAAUACCUGUUAGCUAAAUAACUUUCAACAGUGUUUAGUUAAAGCACUUGGCACUGAUCAUCUGUGUUUGUCUCGGCAGCAAUGAGGAGGCUCCUUACCCACCUCCUGCUUCCAUAGAUCUCUAAGCUGGUAUAGCAACAUACUUUCUUUACCAGUUGGUCUGAUGAUACAGAUCAUGGGCUUGCCAAUUGGUUCCAUGCACACUGUGGAGCACGGCUUGCUUGCCAGAUGGCUUGUUUCUCUGCACUGGGAAGCAAAGGGGAACCAUUUGCCCUGAUGAAGGAUAAGCAUCCUGUGGCUCAGUGUCUAACCAUCACAGGGCUUCUCCCUCGCCUUGUGUAAGGGGAAAGAAAACUCUGCUUGGCUGGCUCAACAGCUGGCUUGCUUGCUUCCAGGUUUCUCAUCAUGGUGAUUUCUGUUGCUGCUGUGAGAUGACUGUAUGUUCUGGUUAGGUCCUGAACAACAGCUCACCUUAAGCUUGUAGUUACUGGUUCCUUUGAGUCUCUUUUUGUUCUGUCAGCAGGCAUGCUUAGGCACCCUGUCUGCCUGGGCUCCUGCCUUGCUGGUGAGGAUGGUGGUGGAGGAGGAAUUAGGCUACACCUGCUAUAUCAUAGUUGUGGGCCUGAUGGUAUUUCCUUCCUUUGUAACCAGCGUAGGUUUCUGAAACGGCUGUGUCUUGUGGUUGAACCCAUCUCUUCACGGGUGCCAUUUUGGAGCAUCUCAUUUGGUUUUUCCCAACUCAAACUUGAGUUUAAUUCAUAAACGGAUUACUUCAACCAGCUCCAAAGUUGCUUGAGCACCACUCCUUGAUCAAACAUUUCCUCUUAUCCUGACAAAAUCUGAUGCCAUAACACAGGGAUGGCUGUGUUGCUCCCAUCAUUGCCAAAAGAUUUUGCAUGUCUCUGCCCCAACCCUGUUCCUCUCUCAGCUAUAUCUCAUAAUAUUCAAUCAAAAUAUUUAUUACUGUCAACCAACCAUUAAUGAAAAUAUAAUAAUCCAGAGAGGGACCAUCAAAGAUCUUGCAUUGCUAUCAGUUGUGUGAAUGCCGUUAGAAGUGUAAAUUACUUAGUACUGAACAGAGCUGCUGAAGAACCAGAUUUUUCAUGAAGUGUGUGAAUCUUUUAAACACUUAAAGAGGUACUCAGAAAAAUAACCCGCAAAUCCCCUUUUAUGUAUUUUGUGUGUUUAAACUAAGUGUUCUGUUAUGUCAGCCCAUUUGGCUUGAAUUGCUGUGGGCAAACAGUCCAUUUUCUUUAGAAGACGUUGGCUAGAGACAGAUUCCUUUGACUCGCACUAGAGUCUGCUUACCUAGUGGGAAGUGUUUCACCAUGCCACUGUCUGUGGCUACUGAGAUAAUAAAUGUUUCGUAGGAUCCAGCAAUUGGAGACGAACUAGGAAAAUCUGUUGCGUUUGUUUCCUGCAACAGAAUCCACUAGAUGGUGCCAUAACAGACACAUUGCUGGAAGUUCCAUUCAUUGUUUGUGUAUCACACAAUUACACAUCCCAUAUGUGUACAUAUGUGUUUGUGUGUAGAGGUUGCAUAAAUAUGUAAUUUGCAUAAAUUAAAGAUAUUUAAUGAUCUGAUCCAGUCCUCAGUGAAGAUAGUGGAAGGGCUGUUGCUUUGAAUAUGCUUGCCAUUUUUUGUCUUGUCACGAGUCUGGGGAUUUCCUGAGUGUUUGCCUUAUUUAUAGAGAUUAAGACCACCUAAAUACUGCUUGUAGUUACCAAAUAUCCUAGAUUUUUUCUAUAGCCCACCCAUUCCCAGGAACUAUGAGUGGAUAAAAAGAAAGAAAAGUAACAUGCUGAAGUUAUCACUCUGCUGUUUGAACAAGGCUCAUGUAUUGUUAAUACAGAGGUCUUAACUCAGUCUCAGGAAGACAAAAUGAGGUGUAAGUUAUGGGUCCAAGGUGUACAGAGCUUUAUAGGAGGAGAAACAAAUGAAUGCUCCUGAAAUAUGUUGUUCUACCUUAGUCUUUAUCAUCUGGAUGUUUUAGGCAGUCAUCACGAAUGGCACCAGAUAUGGCCCAAUAGACUAUUAAGUCUACCAUAGUUGAUAAGCCCCUUGAUAGCAGGUGUUUCUUAUGAAUUUCCAAGCACAUUUGUUAUCAGAGGCAAAAGUAACUUAGAAGUUACUUUUUCAACUCUUUUUGAUCUAAUCAGUCCUGUAAGGCUAAUAAAGGUUCAAGAGGCUUGUGAAGAAGCUGAGCUUUGUUGCAAAGUCCAUAGCUCUUGUACAGUUUGAUUGCCGGAAGUAUCAAAACAUUUAAGAUGAAACUUUGACAAAUUUGGUAGAUUGGUUUUAAGAUCAGGUGUCUCCUUGGGGACAGGAAGACUGACAUGUCUGCAUCUGGGAAGGUGUGUUGUAGUUCCCUUGAGCUCAUCCAUGCCACUGCAACCCGCACCCCCUUUUCACAUAUUGUGGAUAGAAACAUCCAAACUUAUGUUUCCAUUUAUGCAUUGUGUGAAUGAUGGGGAGGGAUAGAGCACAUGGGAAGAGUAGGGUAAACAAGCCUUGAGAUGGGGCAGAUAGCCCAAGUUACUGGAUAGUCUCAUCUCUGCAUGGCAUCUCUCUGUCCAACAAAAUAAGAGUUUACCAAUAGCUACUGAUGAAAGUGCAUGUCUGUGUGUGUUCCCCUGCCUCCUAUUGUUCUGGCAGGCAACAGCAUCUUCUAAGUUGCUCACUAUUGUCCAACCUUUUUGUCAUCAGAUAGUGACUCCAUUCAUUUCCCACAGCCAAUGACUGGCUGACUUAGCAACACACCUGAUAAGCCUGUGCUUGACUGGAUGCCUGGCAAACUUGAAGUCAUCUGUUCUAGCUUGUGUCCAAUUAGCAGGCAUCCUUUUUGAGUGCCUGAACUCUGUACUGAAUUAAACUCUUGUGCUUUUGCUCUUCCAUGCAGGACUCUGUCAAAUGGCUUCCCAAGUCUCCUAAGCUACAUGGCAGUCAUAACUGGAAUUCCCAGGGUUCUCGCUGGGGCUCUUUGAAGGGAAAGGAGAAUGUCCAAGGGUGCAGUCUGUACAAAUUCAACUCGUCCAAUGAAAAAUGGAAGGAAGGGCGGAUCAGCCCCGAACAAGAAGCUGAGGAGCUGGAGGAUCCUGAUGAGGAUGUAAGUGCCAAUCCAGCAAAAGAUAUUCUGCACCCUCCUGCAGCCAUAUUCAGGCUUGAGGAAAUCAAAGAAAAGAACCAAGGAGAGAAAAAAGAAAUUAUGCUGGCUAAUGUUGUAGAUUCUGAAUGUUAUUAGGAAGUAAUAACAUUCACAGAUUUUCUAGCAGUAUGAUAGCCCUUGAACUCAUUGAAAUCAGUCCAAUACUCAUUUACAUGAUUGCUGCAUAUCAGAAGUAGCUGAAAAAAUAAUGAAAAGUUUGAAGGGCAAAAGAACAAGAGAUUCUGGAACAGGAAAUAGAGGCUUUGGUGUGUGAGAGAAACUGGGUGGUAUUCAUCUAAAUUUUACACAUUGAAAUUAAUGGACCUAACUUAUGUUCAUAAUUUCAAUGGGUCUAUGCUGAGUAAAAUUCACUAGUUUAUUUUGACAUAUAUCAGCUAUCCCUAGUGUAUGUCCAGAACAGACAAUUUUGUUCUUCAGAUUUUCACAGGAUGAACUGUACAAUGCCAAUCCUCACUGUUGACUGAUAAUCUUGGGAUUUUCACAGCAAUGUAAAUUUGCACAUAGACAUCUGAGUUGCUGUCAGAAACUGUUGAUUUCAGAGCUUGAGCUGAGAUUCUCUGGAUUUGUGGAAAACAUAUAAUCCUGGCUGUACCUUCAGAAGUGAGAGUGAAGCUACACAAGCAGCUCUGUCUGCCUUUCGUGCCUUUUCACAUUUACUGUGGUCUGGUUCACACAUAAAGCUAAGCCAUGGUUUGUUUGUUUGUUUGUUUGUUUGUUUGUUUGGUUAAAUUUGCACAGGAGCCUAUAUCCAAAUUCUCUGGGAGUCUCUUUGACUCUGGAGACAACCUUCGAGAUCAAAGAAAUGCUAGAGUCACUUUUCAACAGGAAAGGCAAAAAGUGGCAACCAAGUCAAAACCCUUCCCAGUGGCCAACAGCAAACCACAGGUUCCAGUUGCAGCUGCAAACAGCUUCCCGACGGAUGGCAACAGGUUUUCAAAGGAAAGCAAGGAGCAGAUCCCAGGAGCUGCAGAUACAACACAGUCACCCUUGAAGGUAACCCAUGAGCAAGAAGAAGCAUUUGCCUCUUGGUUCUGCUUUCUAGAAUGGAAUGCUAAUAAAUGGAACAGUCUGUAUUCAUUAGCUCCCGCUCCGGCGGGAAGGUAAACGGUGUUUCCGUGCGCUGCUCUGGUUCGCCAGAAGCGGCUUAGUCAUGCUGGCCACAUGACCCAGAAACUGUAUGCCGGCUUCCUCGGCCAAUAAAGUGAGAUGAGCGCUGCAACCCCAGAGUCGUCCGUAACUGGACCUAAUGGUCAGGGGUCCCUUUACCUUUACAUUCCUAGGUCCCUAAAGUAGGCCCACGCUCUCAGUUACUUUUAUACAAGGCAAUGUGUGUGAGGGAAAGGCACUCUUUCUAAGUGGAGGUAAAGAAGAAGAAGGCUGAGAACCCAAAGCUUAUUUUAAACUGCAUCCUAUAGCCACAUCCCUUGAAGCAAGCCCCACUGGGACUUCUUUGGAGUAGAUCUGUAGAGGAUUGUGUUGUUGACUAAAUUAAGGAAAAAUAUUCAUGGAUUAACGUCCCAGAAAUUGUGACUUGUCUUAUGCUUUCACUAAUUACAUUUUCUAAACAGACAAGAUAGAUGUAAACUAUUAAAAAUAAUUGUUAGAGACGUGAGUGCUAGAAAUCUGCGCUUUAAACUUAUGCAAAGGAAUAAUUUGACAGCUUCUUGGUCAAACAAUGCAUUUUUUAAAAUUGAAGCUGGCUUUGAUCAUUAAAAGGAUUUAUUUUUUUUACAUUAGGUAAAGGUAAAGGGACCCCUGUGUAAAUGUUGUGUUUUGAGCACCUAAUGGUAUACUACUUUGUACUGCCUAAUGGCAUAAUUCAUUUUAACUUAUUGUUAAAUUAAGAGGCUAACUAAUAAUAUGGGGUUGGAUCCAGACUGCCCUGCUUGAUGCAGAACCGUUGAAAUCCAUAGCCCUGAUGACUAAUUCUGAAUCCAGACUGCCAUCAUUCAUUAUGCCAUCCCAAAAUUAAGCUGUCACAAUGCAAUUUGUGUUGACAGUUGAUACAGGUUCCAUUGCAUUGCAUCCCAGAUCACAAGAUGGAGGAAACUGGAGGGAGAACAGGUGGGAGGGUCAAUGCUGGAGGGUUUGGGUGAAUCUGCUGGGGUUGUCUCCAAUUCCUUCGCACUUCCUCAAUAACUUCCGUCUUCCAGGAGUCAUAAACAAAUAUAUCUUAGAAUUUAUUUAAUGGGGCUGCCAUUUAUGUUGUUUAAGUAUUCUUCCGGUUCUGUGCUACCACGUUUAAAAAGGUAAUUACUGCAGCACAGGCACUGCUGAGAUCUCUGUUCAUUUUGAACGAAACAGCAUUUUCCAUGUGUGUGUGUCGUGCAUGAGUUUCAUUACUUGUUGCUUGUCUAAUAAGAAUGAAUAAGUGUUGUGUUUGCUUGUUAACUGCGUAUUCAAUAUGAACUACAAUUCUCUUCCAGAUAACGAUUACUGUGUGCAGUCAAAUGGGGAGUCUUGGUAUUAGCAUUGCUGGUGGAAAGGGCUCAUCUUCAUGUAAAGAAAAUGAUGAGGUGCAUUUCAUUACUCACACAUUUUCCAACUACUAAUUCUUUGUUGUGAGAGACCAAAACAGUCGUCCUCCUGUCUUGCCAUUGUCUCGUUGGAAGUCAUUACAUGGCAGCCUGUCUUAAUAAGAAAAGCAGAAAGAUUAGCUUAUGCUGAACCUCAGAAUAAUCACAUGAAUUUCAACUUCUUGAGGGAUGACUAAAAUAAUAUUUGAUUGUUUGUUUGUUUGUAUACAAAGCCCAUAUGUUGGAAAUGCCAUUACCAGUAUCAUUUCCCACCUUGAUUCAAGGUGACUCUACUUGCUUCUAUGCUAAUGCAAGUAUCACACCUGUUCAUUUCACAAUUGCUCCUUGCUCUUGGGGCAGUGUCUCCGUGUCAUCAUGCCACAAAAACAUUUCUGUUCAUGGUCUCAAAUCUCUUCCCAACCCAGCACACCUGAUUCUGGCCCUCUUCUCUCCCAAGUGAAUUUUUGGUUUGAUCUUACUAGCCCGGAAAGGCUGGCUUCAAUUUUUGUUUUUGUGCCCACCAAAAUAACUGGUGUCCGUAUAAUUUUUAAGGCAGUUUUUUUUCUCCCUAUGCGCUUAGUAAUGCAUAGUUAGCAAAAUAAACUCCCAGGUCUGAAAUGUCUUAUUUCUCCCCAGGGAAUCUUAAUAGCACAUGUGUCCAAAGAUGGCCCACUUGACUUGGCUGGGGUACAAUCCGAAGACAAAGUUGCGGAGGUAUAGAGUCUUUGCUUUCAUAUUUCACUUUAUGAAAUGCUCUCCUGGACUGCAAGGUAGGUUAGGUGGGUUAUUAAAGGUCACUUAAUACUGAAUUGGCAUUUCCGUGUGCUGCGCUGGUGCCGGCUCGCCAGAGCAGCUUCGUCACGCUGGCCACGGGACCCGGAAAUGUCUCCGGACAGCGCUGGCCCUCGGCCUCUUAAGUGAGAUGGGACACGACUGGCCCGUAUGGGCAGGGGUACCUUUACCUUUACCUUUAAUACUGAAUUAAGCUCAUUAGUUGUGGCCUACCCUCUUUCAGCAGUGUAUUUUAGCAGAUGGCCUGUACUGAAAGAAAAUUGCUCUCUUCUUCUGUGAGAAAAUUUUCAAUUGUAAGUUGCUCUUGGUUACUUUUUUGUAAACAAAAAAGGUGACUAAAAUGCCAAUGCUAAUAAUAAUAUUAUGAACCUAAGUCCAGUGCUGCCGAAGACUUAACUUUUCACCCAGACCUUUAGAUGAAUCUGGUGGCAUGCUUCAGUUGUUGGUUGUUAGGUUAUGGGCUGUACCUCUAUUUAUUUUGUCCUUUCAUGACGUCUCUGGUCUGUAACGUUUCUACUGUAACUUAUUCUGAGGUGACUUUCAAUAAUGAAGAGUGGGUAAGAAAUUCUUUGAGUAAAUAAUGGCAGAGAGAGAGAGAGAGAGAGAGAGAGAGAGAGGUGCUUUUUUCACUUGUUGAAUAAACAUUAUGGUUCCAGGUUUCCUCACCUGUUUUAAUAAUGCCUGAAAAGUGAAUUGGCUAUUUUUCUUCUUUUUCUUUUUAAGGAUGCCCUUAUAUCAGAACCCAGCACACCUGAUUCUGGCCCUGUUGAGAUGCCAUCCAAAAGUGGACCAUUCCAGACAGUAAAUCAUGUUAUAACAGUAAGUAAUGAUGGAGGAAGAUAUUUAUGCAUUAAUAGUGUCUGAAGAGGUGUUACUAUUAUGUUUUGGUAAAAUAUAGCUUAAUCUCCCCUCCCCAGAAAAAAAAAAUCCCUGUUCUUUUUAUUUAUACCCACCUACCCCUGAAUGGUAAGUUAUCUGUCUGGUUCUUUUACUGAAUUAAAAACAACCCACCAGAUGUCAGUGUUAGCCUGGGCUCUUGUCAGAAGGUUUCAAAUGCAUCAUCGACUUUGGAGAAUGAAUACUAUUUACCAAUAGUUAGAAUUAGUUACCAUUCUGCUUCUUCUCCCACCCCCGCAAAAAACCAUAGGAACAAAUUUAAAGUAAAACAGUUGAAUAGAUAGUAGUGUGGAAAAUCCUUCAGGCACACAGCUCUUCUCCAGAAAAAAAUGGAAAUAUGCCCUGUUGCAAUAGCAUUAAAAUACUUGCUUCAGCACUUAAUAGUUUAGCAAAACAGCUCAAAUCUUCUCUAACUUUAAUUCUGAUUUAUAUUAGUAGAUUAGCAAAUAUUAAUACAGUCGUAUCUUGGAUCCUGAAUGCCUGCAGGAACUUCCUGCAGCCAAUCAGAAGCCACGCCUUGGUUUCUGAAUGUUUUGGAAGUCGAAUGGACUUCCAGAACGGAUUCCAUACAACUUCCAAAGUACGACUGUAUACCCUAAUGCCUAAACCAUUCUAAUAAAAAAUGCAGUAAAUGCUGAAAAUUAUUGGUUCUUUACAUUUAGAGAGACAGUAUUAAAUAUCAGUAAUAUCAAUCCAAUGUCCCUCUGGUUACUGAGAAAACCACAAGAGAGAAAGAGAUAGAGGAUGGAUGUUGUAGGCAGUUUCUGCAAAUAAUACAGAUCCUGAAAGGGAUCGCUGUGGCGCUGUGGUCUAAUCCGCCGAGCCUCUUGGACUUGCUGAUCGUAAUGUUGGGAGUUUGAAUCCACAUGACGGGGUGAGCUCCUGCCAACCUAGCAGUUCAAAAGCAUAUCAGCAAGAGUAGAUAAAUAGGUACUGCUGCAGUGGGAAGGUAAACAGCGUUUCCAUGCGCUUUGGCACUUGUCACAGUGUUCUGUAUGCCAGAAGUGGUUUAGUCAUGCUGGCUGCAUGACCUGGAAAUCACCACUCAAGGUGUCUUGUAACUUUCUAGUAGUAGUAGUAGUAGUAGUAGUAACAAUAACAAUAACAAUUUCAUUAUUUAUAUGUCGCCCAUCUGACUGGGUUGCCUCAGCCACUCUGGGCAGCUUCCAGCAAAAUAUAAAAACACAAUAAAACAUCAAACUUUAAAAUAUUCCCUAUACAGGUUUGCCUUCAGGUGUCUUCUAAAAAUCAUAUAGUUGUUUAUUUCCUUGACAUCUGAUGGGACGGCAUUCCACAGGAUGAAGGCCAUCUUCUUGGUUCCCUGUAACUUCGCUUCUUGUGCUGAGGGAACCACCAGAAGGCCCUCGGAGCUGGUCCUGUGUUUGGGCUGAACAAUGGGGGUGGGCCAAGGCCAUUUAGGACUUUAAAGGUCAGCACCAACACUUUGAAUUGUGCUCGAAAGCAUACAUUCUAAAAAAUAGAAUGAAAAAACCCAGCAAUAUAAAACCAUCCAUCAAAACCCCAUAUAUAAUCUGAGCACAGACCCUCUCGGGUCCUACCCCAGCCAUAUUUCCACUGUAGGUGGGCCUCUCCUUCCAAUCUGAGGAAGAAGGAUAUGAGAAUAGACUAUUCCUAAGCUAUCCAACAUUUGGGGAACAGUUAAGCAUUCAGAGAAUAUCUGGAAAAUGCAUGACAUUAAAAUUUGCAAGGGAGAUCUGUGUCAGAGGAGAGUUCUUGGCAGCAAACGAAUGUUAGCUUCUAGAUUCUCUUGUGCAAUUCAUUUCUCUUCCCUACCCCCUUCCCUGCAUUCUUUUACUGUAUCCAAGAUACCUCGAAUCAUCCUAACACGCCCUUCCACUUCAGACGAAGACACGGACCAGUUAGCGCAAGACCCUGAUGACUUUGAGCCCGAGGAGACGGACAAUUCAGAAGGCCACCUCUAUUCAGACUGUUUAAACAAUGCUUUUUACCCCCCUUAAUAAAUUAUUCUUUUUAGAAAAAAAAA